CCCUGCUUGGUUUCUGUCUGAAUGGCUUGACAAUUGUUUCUUUCCGAAAAAUCAAAGAACUCCGAACACCCAGCAAUCUGCUGGUUCUCAGCAUUGCACUGGCCGACUGCGGGAUCUGCAUCAACGCAUUCAUCGCUGCCUUUUCCAGCUUCCUAAGAUACUGGCCCUAUGGCUCUGAUGGCUGUCAAAUCCAUGGAUUCCAGGGCUUCUUGACAGCACUAGCCAGCAUUAGCUCCAGCGCUGCGGUCGCCUGGGACCGGUAUCAUCACUACUGUACAAGGAGCAAGCUGCAGUGGAGCACAGCCAUCUCCAUGAUGGUGUUCGCGUGGCUGUUUGCUGCCUUUUGGUCUGUGAUGCCCUUGCUGGGGUGGGGGGAAUACGACUACGAACCCCUCCAAACCUGCUGCACCCUGGACUACAGCAAAGGGGACAGAAACUAUAUCACAUUCCUUUUUGCUCUGUCCAUUUUCAAUUUCAUGAUCCCGGGCUUCAUCAUGCUGACGGCCUAUCAGUCCAUACACCAGAAGUUCAAGAAAAGUGGGCUCUAUAAGUUUAAUACUGGUUUACCAUUGAAGACGCUGGUCAUUUGCUGGGGUCCCUAUUGCCUUUUAUGCUUCUACGCAGCAGUUGAAAAUGUGAUGUUCAUUUCACCAAAAUACCGCAUGAUUCCUGCCAUUAUUGCCAAGACUGUGCCAACGGUGGAUGCCUUUGUAUAUGCCCUGGGCAAUGAGAACUACAGAGGAGGAAUAUGGCAGUUCCUCACAGGACAGAAGAUUGAGAAAGCAGAGGUUGAUAACAAAACUAAAUAACCCAUUAUGGCAUUAAGCUGAAUUAAUGCAGGUACAUCACUGAAAGGAAAGCGGUAGAGGAAACCGUGCAUUCUCUGAUAUGUAUGUGCAAAGGUGGUUCCACAUUGGAAGGGCCGUGCAUUGGCUAAAGCAAUGAAGUACUGAAAGAAAGCCCUCCAGAUAACUGUCCAAACCAUCACGAGCUGCUUGUCAAACAA